GAUUUUUUCCGGAUGUUUUUUCCAAACCAUUUUCCGGAUUUUUAAAAUAUGACUAGGAUAAUCUAUGAUAUUGACAAAGUAAUUAUUAAAGAUGUUUGAAAUAAUUUCGCUAUUUGAAACUGUAUUGCGAUUAUAUUUGAGAGUAAAAGAUUUAUUGGCAGUGGGAGAAGAUAUUUUUUAUAUCCAAGCUUUUGGCUUGAAAAGAUGUUAUCAAUGAGUCUUAGAUGUAGCAGUUAUAUGUGUUUGUUGAAUUUGAUGGAUGUUACUAUAUAAAACCAAUGAUAAAAUUUCUAAUAGGGGAUUGUUGAUUUCAAUGAAAAUAGAUUUCAGUUUGCUUUUCCUUCAUUCUGGUAUUUUUUUUUAAUUAUCUCCAAGUAUGUUCAAGUCAAGUUGUGAGUAAAUGCACAUCUGCUACAUUAUGUGCUGAUUGCAUAAUAGUGGGUAGCUAUUGUUCGUGGUGCAAUGAUGAUGAUUUUUUACAACUUAACCCUUCAAAAUACCGCUGCGAUACUUUGUCAAAUCUUACUCAAAGUGGAUGCAAGAAUAUAACUAUUGUUAACUCAGAUUUUCAGAUUACAAAAAAUGAUGAUUUGCAAGAUCUCGUCCAAGUUAAGCCUCAAGAAAUCGCUGUUCAGUUAAGACCAGGCCAACCUGUUAAAGUGAAAAUAAGCAUAAAGCCUGCACCAGACUACCCUGUUGACUUAUAUUUACUAAUGGAUGUUUCUAACUCAAUGGCUGAUGACUUAUUGAUUUUAAAAAAUCUUGGAGUUGUGUUAGCCUCAUCUAUCAAAAAUAUUACAAAAAACUACAGAUUAGGAUUUGGCACAUUUGUUGAUAAAAAUAUUAUACCAUUCAUCCAGCCUGAAUAUCCAAAUUUUCCAUGUAAUGCUAUUAAACUAUCAAACUGUCGUGGAGUGUUUUCAUAUGAUCAUUUUUUUGACUUCAGCCAGGAUGGUACUCAGUUUCAGAAUUCUGUUGCAGCUCAAAACAUUUCUGGCACCUUAAAUGUACCACAGGGUCUUUUUGAUGCUUUGAUGCAAACAACUGUUUGUGAACAGGAACUCAAUUGGAGAGACAAAAAUACUUGCAGAAAAAUUAUUGUCAUAGUAACAGAUGCUGCACCUAAAGUUGGAGGGGAUGGCAAGAUUGGUGGUAUAUGGAAAGUGAAUGAUGCAAAAUGCCAUAUGACAAAGGCAGCAAGUAGCAGUCAGUCAAUCUUGCUAGAAUAUUCUGCAUAUGAUAUCUAUGAUUACCCAUCCGUAUUUCAGUUGAACCAAAAGUUAAAAGAGUAUCAAGUUGUGCCAAUUAUUGCUGUAACUUCUGAUGUUAUGAGUCAAUAUCAAGAUAUUGCUAAUGUAUGGAAAGAUCUUGGCACAGUUAUUGCUGAAUUAAAAUCAGAUUCUUCAAAUAUUGUGGAACUAAUAAAGAACAAUUACAAUUUGAUUUCCUCAACUGUACGUCUUUCAGACAAUUCACCAGAUAACUUCAUAAUCAGUUAUGAAGUUAAUAGUACCCAGUGCCCUUCAGGAUCCGGUAACUUGUGUCCAAAUGUUUCUCUUCAACAGCAAGUUGAUUUUUUUGUCUCUAUCACUGCAAAGACCUGUCCUACUGAUUUGGCAAAUGCUCCUAAUAUGUUAGCAAUAAAUAUAGCUGGCUUUGGUGUAGUAAAUGUGAAAGUUCAAUAUUUGUGUAACUGCCCUUGUGCUGCUUUUGCUGUUCAAAGUAGUCCUAAAUGCUCUAAUGGUCAUGGAACCUUUGAAUGUGGUGUUUGCAAAUGUGACUCUGGCUAUUAUGGCAGCAUAUGUCAGUGUGAUUCAUCCUCUAGUCAAUUUAAUGGCACGUCUAAUUGUCAAGCUGAUCCUAACAACAAUUCUAGUUUAUGUAGUGGUUAUGGUUCAUGUAUUUGUGGGCAAUGUGUCUGUGUGCCAAUAGCGCUUCCUCGCAAAGUGACUGGUAAAUUUUGUGAAUGUAGAAAUUUUGGGUGUGACCUGUUUGAAGGAAAAGAAUGUGGAGGUGAUACACGAGGAGCAUGUGUUUGCGGACAGUGUGUUUGCAACAAAGGCUUUUUAGGAAGCAAUUGUGGAUCCAUAGAUUGCAAUUACAACUUGCAAACAAAGUGCACUGUUGAUGGAGUGGUGUGUAGUGGAAAUGGUAAUUGUGAUUGUCAGCAGGGCGGAUGCAACUGUAAUACAGGCUACAGCGGAACACACUGUGAAACUUGUGUAACAUGUCCAGAGAUAUGCAACAAUCAAACUCGCCAAAAUUGUAUCCUAUGUAAUAACUUCAAGGAUGAGAUAAGUUACAAUAAAAUUGAUGUUAAUUGUACAAACUGCAACCUUUACCCAAUGAUCAAUGUGACUAAUGCGCAGCAGUGUUCUAUUACUUUAAACUCAACAUGUAAAAUUUUUUACAGUAUCACAUAUCAAAUUUCAAAUCAGUUAUCCAGUGAAAUCACUCAAGUACAAACAGCCUUGUCAUGUGCUGCUGCACUUGUAGCAAACAAGGACAUUCUUCCUAUUGUGUUGGGAAUAGUUGGUGGAAUAUUGUUGUUGGGGAUUCUUCUUUUAUUAAUAUGGAAGCUUCUUGUGACACUUCAUGAUAAAAAAGAGUUUGAAAAGUAUACAACUGGUCAAAUAAAAAGUAAUUGGGAAGAGGCUGAAAAUCCAAUUUAUCAACAAGCAAAACAAGAGUUUCAAAAUCCGGUUUUUGCUGGCAAUUAAUAUAAAUUUUAUUUUAUUAGUUUAUGUUAUUUAUUUAACUUUGUUACUAUGGACCUUUUUAUAAUUUUUAAGCUGUCUUGUUCAUUGAAAAAACAAGUUUUACUAUAUUUUAUCUGAAUAUGCUUUUGUG